GAUUCAACCCCAUUGCAUUUGGCGUCGGCAAAAGGACACGACGCUAUCGUAAGACUUCUGCUCGAAUCUGGCGCCACCAUAAAUCGCAGGGAUGAAAACGGCAAAACGGCACUCGAUUUGGCCAUCGAGAACGGACACCGAGAGGUGGCUCGAGCAUUGGUUGAAUCGGAAGAAUGGAUGAAUAUCAUGUCGCCUAGCGACACACUUCCUGUCGGACGUCAUAACCUUUCAAGGGUCACGCCACUGAGGAAGUUAAUCGAGAAGUUUCCCGACAUCGCAGAAAUAGUGUUCAGCAAAUGUAUCAGCGAUCGCGGUGAUAGCCCUGACAACUUUUUCUUCUUCCGUGAAUACAAUUUUGCUCUGAUCGACGACACAUACAUGAUGCCUUCAAAGGACGGAACCGAACUUCUUUCAACAGUAAGCCCUUACAAAGACGAUGGUACGCUCAAACAAGGUGCCAAGGCCUACUCUGACGACUACGACGUCGUCUACAAGAACCACCCCCUGAAAAUAAUGGCCCAGUCAGAAAUUCUACUCUCGCACCCCUUAGUGCAGGCUCUUCUCAAGUACAAGUGGAACAGCCUUGGACGAUACGUGUACUACUUUGCGCUUGGGGUAUAUCUGCUCUUCCUGUGCACCUUCACCAUGUACGUGACUCACACUCCGCCACCAUUCAACGUAUACGAUGAGACUCGCAAUGAGAUGCGUGACCUCACGGAACUCUUCGACAACGAGCGUGAAUGCCCGCACGUGAUGAUAACCCGCCCGCCAUGGUUGUCUAUGUGCAGAUGGGUUGUGAUAACUCUGGCCAUCGCACAGCUCAUUAAAGAGCUCUUCCAACUGAUUACCCGUCGACACCGUUACAUCUCCUUCGAAAACGCCAUUGAGUGUUUCAUUUACACGUCCGCAAUUAUCUCAGUGAUGGACUUGUCACCCUGUUCGGAGAGCACCGGUAUACGAAUGGUUAGCGGCUGUGUACUCUACGUUUUU